AUGGCACAGCCCACGACUUCGCCGAGGAUUUGCAGAACGAGCAACCGUGUACCAUUCAAUGCCCCUGUCAGGUACAACAAGGAUUACUCGAUGACAAGGGCCGCACAACAUCCAUCUGGUUACCCUCCUCAAGCGGGGAAAGGGGUUACAUCACUGGGCCAAGCCAAGGGUUGGUACCCCGGUCGGGGCAUCCCUCCAGCUCUCCCAGGGGCGCGAACCGAUUUGCCCACUGGAGAGGCCAACGACGGCGGACUCGAUCCCGUGGACUUGGCCACAGCCGCCCACAGGGUCGUUUCAGUCGGGACCAACGCGACGGUUACAGGCCACGCUCUUUGCAAGGCACCAUCUCUCAUCAAAAACGAAUGCAGGCCCUAA